AUGGAUUAUAAAGAGAAGUUUUCAGCACAAAGUGAUCUAUUAAAAGUUGUAGAAAGUAAAAGGAUACAUGAACCAAUGAAUGAAAUAUCUCUUCAAUCUGUUAAAUUGACUCCAGAUCAAGAAGAAUGUUUGAAUUUUGUUCUAAAUAACAUAACAAUUCAACAAACUAACAGAAACAUGCCUGAAAACGAAAUGAUUAGCAUAAUAAGUGAAUGUUAUUUAUAUAUUAAUGAAUUAUUACCAACAUUACAAAAUCAAAUGAUAACAUUACUCGAAGAAAAAGGAUUUAAAUGCAUAAUCGAUUUACUUUCCAUACAACAGUUAAGACCAGAAACAAUCAGAGUUUUUCAGAAUCUUUUUUAUCCAGAUAUGAACGAAUUUCAAAUCCAAAUAAUUAAUUCAAGCAUUUCAAUGAUGUUUCUCACAAAUUUAUCGAAUUUACUUAACCAAAAAAAUCAUAAUGAUCACAAAUUGAUAUUAAAUUUAAUUUCAAAUUUAUUAUCGACAUCAACAUGUUUUCGAGAUUACUUUUUGACAUCAAAUACUUUAAUAACAUCGAUUAACUCAUUAUCUGAUGAUUUUCCUCAUUCUUGUUUGAAUAUUUAUAUAUCUUUAUUAGAAGGUCCUCAAAUCAAUCCAGAUCAGGAAAGAAUCGUUCUAAAGUUUGCAGUAGAUACAUGUUUAUAUAGUGGAAGGUCAAAAUUCCAUAAAUUACUAAAAGUUUUAUCGAAAUUAGUUUUUUUAAAGGAAAGUCCAGCGAAAUCGAUUAUUUUGGAAGAACAUUUAGUUGAUCAUCUGACAAUACAAGCAGAAGUAGGUAAAUUCCAUAACCAAAUUAGUUCUCUUCGCAUUUUACAAGAAAUAUCAAAAUAUCCUGAAUUUUUUUCCGAAAUGAAAAGGUUUGGAACACUAAAAGCACUUGUUAAUAUAAUAACUGCCAAUUAUAAUGAUGAUAGACUGAUUUUUUCAACAAAUAUUUUAUCAAAUUUUAUAAAUAUAUGUCCAAAUCAAAAUGAGAUGAAGAUCAUUGCUGAGAAGGUCAAAAACAUUAAAUUCUCUGCGCUAAUGAACUCGUAUUCAUAUAUUUUGAAGAAAUCUUCUUUAAUAAUUUUGUCAAAAAUUUGUUGUUAUUAUGAAAUUGAUUUAUUGACUGAUAUUCUUAAUCCUGAUCUCAUUGGUUUGAUUAAUUCAAUGAUAGAUGACCAGGAUAUCGAUAUAAUUAAUGCAUCUAUUGAUAUUUACAAUAUUUUGUUAAAUUCUGUUGGUCAAGGAAGUGAUUUACAGAGAGAAAUAGCAAACAAAAUAAGGUACGAAGUUGAUAUUGAAGAAGUUCUGGAUUCUAUUGAUGAUAAUGAAGAAUUAAUUGAAAAAAUUGAUCAAUUUAGAAAUUUAGUUGAAAAUAUUUUAGGUGAUGAAUAA